CUGAGAAUAAUUUUUUUUUUGGAUAAAUAAAUCCUGAGAAUAAUUGUAAGAACAAAAGGGUAGUCCUUAAAUAGCGGUAGUAGCAGCCACGGCGUUUGAGUGAUUCGGUAGCUUUUGUAGAAUCGAAAUAAAGAAAUGGUAUCGGAAGCUCCUCUCCCAAAAUGGGCAUCGACUCCUUGCAUUAUGGGCAUCGACGAAGCCGGCCGUGGCCCUGUUUUAGGACCUAUGGUGUACGGAUGCCUUUACUGUGCUCGCUGUUAUCAGAAAACUCUUGCUACCUUGAAUUUUGCCGAUUCAAAGACUCUAAAGGAAGAGAAAAGGGAAGAAUUGUUCGAGAAUUUAAAGGCUGAUGAAUCAAUAGGGUGGUCUGUUGAUGUUAUAGAUCCAAGGGAGCUCUCAGCUAAAAUGCUAAAGAAGAAUAAGGUGAACCUGAAUGAGAUAUCGCAUGAUUCUGCAAUUGGUCUCAUCAAUAGGGUAUUGCACAUGGGAGUUCUUCUAACUGAGGUUUACCUCGAUACAGUUGGAGAUGCCGACAAGUAUAGGAUCAAACUGUCUGAAAGAUUUCCCUCCAUUAAAUUUGUUGUUGCAAAGAAGGCUGAUAGUCUUUAUCCAGUAGUGAGUGGAGCAAGUAUAGUUGCUAAGGUAACGAGAGACAGAGCCCUGCGAGAAUGGGUGCUGGAGGAAACAUCUGACAUGCAUAGGAGUUUUGGUUCUGGAUAUCCAGGAGAUCCUGAAACAAAAGCUUGGCUGGCACAUCACAAACAUUCAGUCUUUGGGUUCCCAUCACUAGUCCGCUUCAGUUGGGGUACAUGCACUUCAUAUUACAAAGAUAUGGUCGAAGUGUUAUGGGAAUCUGAUAAAGUGGAUGAAGAUUUUGCCAAUGGCAGCAGCGGGAAGCAAUUGAAAUUAAGUAAUGUUGGAUUCAGCACGGUGUCAAAAAGAAAAAGUGAAGAAAUAGAAUCGAGUGGCAAAGGGAGAUGUAAGUUCUUCCAGUCUCGUAAGCUCGAGCAGCUCACUCAUUUCUAGGAAUGCACUUUAGUUUCAUGACUUGUUUUUUGGUUGAAUGCUUUUGGUUUAAUCUGUGGUUUCUAUAUUUCUUAAUGUUAUUCCGCGGUCAUACAUCUUGCUCUUGGUUAUGUAGAAUGUAUUCCUAAUUAAAGAUUGUAAAACAUUUAACCUUGCCAUACAAUUUUGCUUCUUU